AUGGUUGUUCUAUCCAUGGGGGCUGUGAGGAUGUCCCAGAUGUGCAUGCUGAGAUGGGUCGUCCUACUGAUGGGGCUGCAGUCGGUACAAGCAGACUAUAUGGGAAAUCAAAUGAAAGGCAUAACAGAUUCUGUAGUGGACUUCAUGACAACAGCAGCUGUGUUCCCUCCCAGCAUGAAAACUGUGAUGGUAACUAGAGCAGAACCAAAUCCUGAUCAUCAGUCCAUGAUCUGCAGCACAUGGGGAAAUUUCCACUUCAAGACCUUCGAUGGUCAUUUCUUUCAAGUGCCAGACACGUGCAACUAUGUUCUGGCGGUGAUGUGUCCCAGCAGAACAUCCGAUUUUAACAUCCAAAUGCAAAGAGAGAUUGUAAAUGGUUCAAUCAUUUUCAGCAAAAUCAUAAUACAUCUGCAGGGGACAGUCAUUGAACUCACCAACAAUGACAUCAUCAUGGACGGAGAAGUGUUGUAUAAUGCAACCUCUAAGAAUGAAAUUACAGUCGAGUUGAGUGCAUCAAGUGUUAAGGUCUCUAAAAAAUAUGCAGUGACUGUCUUUUUUGAGAAGAACCAAUCUUUGUUGAUUCAACUUUCUGAGAGUUACCGAGGCCAGACCUGUGGACUCUGUGGAAACUUCAAUGGCAUCAAGGCGGAUGAUUCAACUGACAAUGGUCUGGCCAACUGGAAGGUGUUUUCACCUGAAUCCUGCGUGAAUGUCGAUCUUCACCUUAAUGAUCAUUGCGAAAAUCAGACAAGUGUUUGCCAGCAGCAUCUCAGCAGUCCAGGGUUUGCUGACUGCUACAGGGUGAUGGACAUGAGUUCAUUUGAAAAAGCCUGUGUAGACGACCUGUGUCAGUGUUACGGCAAUCACGACUGUCUCUGCAACACGCUCACAGAGAUUUCACGACAGUGCACUCAUGCUGGAGGAAUACCAGGAACAUGGAGGACAAAACAGCUCUGUCCAAUGACAUGUCCUCCAAACAUGGAAUACCUGGAGUGUGGCAGUCCAUGCAAGAACACCUGCUCAGAUCCAGAUGCAAGUCUACUGUGUACCGAACACUGUGUGGACGGCUGUUUCUGCACUAAUGGCACCAUUGAGGAUGACAUUGGUAAGAAAGGUUGUAUUCCUGUGAAUGAGUGCCCAUGUGAGCACAAUGGCAACAUAUACUUUUCAGGAGAGUCAUACACACAAGCUUGUAAAACAUGUGAGUGUGCUGCUGGACACUGGAACUGCAUAGAUCUGGAAUGUUCCGGAAUCUGCUCCGUUGUGGGAGGGUCUCAUAUCAUCACUUAUGAUGGAAAACAAUUUACCUUUGAUGGCACCUGUGACUACAUUCUCACUAAGCACUCUAAUGACAGUGACAUUGCGGUGGUGGGAAAUCUGGCACAGUGUGAUCAGGCCCCAACAGAAACAUGUCUAAAUUCAGUUACCCUUGUCACCACAGGGAUCACCAUUCGUUUUUCCUCCAGUGGCUCCGUAAUGAAUGAAAACAGUCCAUAUCUGCUUCCUGUCAUUAAAGGUCCUGUGAGCAUCUUCCAGCCCACUUCCUCUUUCAUCAUUGCUGAAAUGAAGAGUCUUCGUCUAGAGAUCCAGUUGGCUCCUGUCAUGCAGUUGUAUAUUGUAGCCAGCACUGAAGAGAAAGGGAAGAUGAGUGGUCUAUGUGGCAACUAUAAUGACAACCAAGAAGACGACUUUAAAACACAAUCAGGCAUUAUAGAGGGCACACCAUUAACCUUUGUCAAUUUAUGGACUAAAAACUUGUACAGUUGUACAGAUGGUAAAAGCACAGUUUUUCCAGAAAAUCCCUGUAGUGUGGCUUCGAACACAGAGAAAACGGCUAAUGACUGGUGUUCCCGUCUUACAAACCCAAACGGAAUCUUUUCCGCGUGUCAUUCAGAAAUACGUCCUGAAAUUUACUUCCAAUGGUGUGUCUAUGACACCUGCAAAUGUGCAGAUAUUAGGAAGUGUAUGUGUGCGACCGUGUCUAACUAUGCCCACGCCUGUGCUGCCAGAGGAGUCAUUCUCCAGGGCUGGAUGGAUUCUGACCCCUGUGUGACUGAGUGUUCAGGCAACAUGAAGUACUCUUACGGCGUGACCAGCUGUGGCAGCACCUGCCGCUCUCUCAGUGUACAUGCUUACAAUUGCUCAAUGUCCUUCACACCUGUAUUUGGCUGUGUCUGUCCUGAGGGCACCUACCUCAACGAAGCAGGCAGCUGUGUGCCUGCUGACCAGUGUCCUUGUUAUGAUGGUGACAAGGUCAUAGACCCAUCAGGAAUAUUCUACAAUAAUGGUGUUAAAUGCACUUGUACCCAUGGCAAAUUGCACUGCUCCAGUCAAGAAGACUGUGUGGCUCCAAUGACAUUCUACAAGUGCUUAAAUCCUGGAAAAAGAGGGACAGAGUGUCAAAGGACAUGUGAGAAACAAGACCUAAACAGUUGUGUUAGCACAGGUUGUGUAUCAGGGUGUAUGUGUCCGGAUGACCUUCUGGCUGAUGGAAAAGGUGGGUGUGUGAAGAGGGAAAAAUGUCAAUGUACCCAUAAUGGAGGCACCUAUUCACCUGGACAGCAAGUUCAACGGGACUGUAACACCUGCACAUGUAAAGAUGGGAUGUGGAUUUGUACUGAAAAGGCAUGCUACGGCACCUGUACCAUCUACGGUGAAGGUCAUUACAAGACUUUUGAUGGCAAGAUAUAUUCCUUCCAUGGAGACUGUAAACACACCAUCGCCCAGGAUUAUUGCAAUAUGAACCAGACUCUCUCCUUUAGCCUUGUCACAGAGAACAAACUCAGUGAGACUACCGACACCAUGUUCAAGUCUGUCAGUCUCUUAUUUGGGCAAUACAUGAUACAUUUGUCAGAGGAUGGAGUCAAAGUUGUUGAAAGCAACGGUACUGAUAGCCAAUAUCAAAUCUAUACUGCUGGGAUACACAUUAUUACAGAGGUCAAAGGUCUUCUGAACUUAAUCUGGGACAAUAAAACAAGUCUGAUGGUCCAACUCCAUCCCAAAUUUAAGGGCAAAGUGUGUGGACUGUGUGGAAACUUUGAUGAUAAUGCAAACAAUGACUUUGUGAAGCACAAUGGAGAAGUGGUGACAGAUCCAAAGGAUUUUGGGAAUAGCUGGAAUGUGGAUCCCAAAUGCCAAGAAAACAUGAUGGAACCUUGUGAAAUAAAUUCACAACGGAGAGCCCGUGCUGAAAGACAUUGCCGCAUCAUUAAUAGUGAGGUCUUUGUGGAAUGUAAUGCAGCUGUGGAUUCUGGCCCAUACUAUGAUGCCUGUGUAAGGGACACCUAUACAUGUGACUCUGUGGUUAACUGUGAUCGUUUCUGUACUGCAGUGGCAGCUUACGCUGCUGAAUGUCGUAAAAAGGCGGUUUGUGUGAAAUGGCGGACCCCAGAUCUUUGCCAUGUAUGCUGUGACAAGUACAACUCCCUGGGAGAAUGUGAUUGGCACUAUGAAUCCUGUGAAGAACCCUGCAUACAAACCUGCAGAAACCCAUCAUGCUCUGAUCAAAUUCCUCUUGUUGAAGGAUGUUUCCCUAAGUGUCCUUCAGAUAAGCCAUAUAUGAAUGAGGCAACAAUGAAGUGUGUUCCAUCUUGUACAAAUUCUACAACACCUUCUAUAACCACAUCAACAACAACAGCAUCAACAUCAACGGAGACACCUACAACCACUUCCAUUACUACAACAGCUACUGUAACAACAACAUCUACUGAGACAGGAACAACACCACCUACAACUCCUACAACACCAACAUCAAGAGAGACACCUACAACCACUUCCAUUACUACAACAGCUGCUGUAACAACACCAUCUACAGAGACAGAAACAACACCUUCUGCAACUCCUACAACACCAACAUCAACAGAGACACCUGCAAGCACUUCCACUACUACAACAACUACUAAAACAACAAUAUCUACAGAGACAGGAACAACACCAACUUCAACAGAGAAACCUACAACCCCUUCCACUACUACAACAACAACAUCUACAGAGACAGGAACAACACUUUCUGCAACUCUUACAACACCAACAUCAACAGAGACACCUACAACCACUUCCACCACUAUAACAAUUACUGUAACAACAACAACACCUAUAAUAUCUUGUAACCCCACCUAUGGUUGUAAGUGGUCGAACUGGUCAGACAACAGCCGACCCAGUGAAGAACCCAAAGGACUGGAAACCGAACCCAUUGAUGCUUUGUUGCCUUUUCAAAACAUGAGCUGUCAGAAAGUAGAAGAAAUUGAAUGCAGAGCAGUGGAUUAUCCAAAUACACCCUUGAGCGAGUUGCAGCAAACCGUGCAUUGCAAUACAUCUUAUGGCCUGUUGUGUUCAAAUAAAGAAAAUGUAGGUCAUAUGAUACCAAUUUGUUUCAACUAUGAAAUACGUGUAUGUUGCUGUCCUCCACCCUCUAUUUCGACUACAACAUCUACUGUAACAACAUCUACAGAGACAGAAACAACACCUUCUACAACAACAACAUCAACAACGGAAACACCUACAACCACUUCCACUACUACAACUACAACAUCCACAAAGACAGGAACACUACCUACAACACCAACAUCAACAGAGACACCUACAACCACUUCCACUACUACAACAACUACUACAACAACAACAACAACAACGUCAACAGAGACACCUACAACCACUUCCACUACUAAAACUACAACAUCCACAAAGACAGGAACACUACCUACAACUCCUACAACACCAACAUCAACAGAGACACCUAUAACCACUUCCACCACUACAACAACUACUGUAAAAACAACAUCUACAGAGACAGAAACAACACCUCCUACAACUCCUACAACCCCAACAUCAACAGAGACACCUACAACCACUUCCACCACUAUAACAACUACUGUAACAACAACACCUACAAUAUCUUGUAACCCCACCUAUGGUUGUAAGUGGUCGAACUGGUCGGACAACAGCCGACCCAGUGAAGAACCCAAAGGACUGGAAACCGAACCCAUUGAUGCUUUGUUGCCUUUUCAAAACAUGAGCUGUCAGAAAGUAGAAGAAAUUGAAUGCAGAGCAGUGGAUUAUCCAAAUACACCCUUGAGCGAGUUGCAGCAAACCGUGCAUUGCAAUACAUCUUAUGGCCUGUUGUGUUCAAAUAAAGAAAAUGUAGGUCAUAUGAUACCAAUUUGUUUCAACUAUGAAAUACGUGUAUGUUGCUGUCCUCCACCCUCUAUCCCGACUACAACAUCUACUGUAACAACAUCUACAGAGACAGAAACAACACGACCUACAACACCAACUUCAACAGAGACACCUACAAGCACUUCCACCACUGUAACAACUACUGUAACAACAACAACACCUAUAAUAUCUUGUAACCCCACCUAUGGAUGUAAGUGGUCGAGCUGGUCGGACAACAGCCGACCCAGUGAAGAACCCAAAGGACUGGAAACCGAACCCAUUGAUGCUUUGUUGAUUUUUCAAAACAUGAGCUGUCAGAACGUAGAGGAAAUUGAAUGCAGAGCAGUGGAUUAUCCAAAUACACCCUUGAGCGAGUUGCAGCAAACCGUGCAUUGCAAUAAAUCUUAUGGCCUGUUGUGUUCAAAUAAAGAAAAUGUAGGUCAUAUGAUACCAAUUUGUUUCAACUAUGAAAUACGUGUAUGUUGCUGUCCUCCACCCUCUAUUUCGACUACAACAUCUACUGUAACAACAUCUACAGAGACAGAAACAACACCUUCUACAACAACAACAUCAACAACGGAAACACCUACAACCACUUCCACUACUACAACAACUACUACAACAACAACAUCUACUGACACAGGAACAACUCCACCUACAACUCCUACAACACCAACAUCAACAGAGACACCUACAACCACUUCCACUACUACAACAACUACUACAACAACAACGUCCACAGAGACAGGAACACCACUUACAAAACCAACAUCAACAGAGAUACCAACAACCACUUUCAUCACUACAACAACUACUGUAACAACAACAUCUACAGAGACAGAAACAACACCUUCUACAACAACAACGUCAACAGAGACACCUACAACCACUUCCACUACUAAAACUACAACAUCCACAAAGACAGGAACACUACCUACAACUCCUACAACACCAACAUCAACAGAGACAGAAACAACACCUUCUACAACAACAACAUCAACAAUGGAAACACCUACAACCACUUCCACUACUACAACAACAUCUACUGACACAGGAACAACACCACCUACAACUCCUACAACACCAACAUCAACAUCAACAGAGACACCUACAACCACUUCCAUUACUACAACAACUACUGUAACAACACCAUAUACAGAGACAGAAACAACAUCUUCUACAACAACAACGUCAACAGGGACACCUUCAACCACUUCCACUACUACAACUACAACAUCCACAAAGACAGGAACACUACCUACCACACCAACAUCAACAUCAACAGAGACACCUACAACCACUUCCACUACUACAACAACUACUACUACAACAACAUCCACAGAGACAGAAACAACACCUUCUACAACAACAACGUCAACAGGGACACCUUCAACCACUUCCACUACUACAACUACAACAUCCACAAAGACAGGAACACUACCUACAACUCCUACAACACCAACAUCAACAGAGACACCUACAACCACUUCCACUACUACAACUACUACUACAACAACAUCCACAGAGACAGAAACAACCCCUUCUACAACAACAACGUCAACAGGGACACCUUCAACCACUUCCACUACUACAACUACUACUACAACAACAUCCACAGAGACAGAAACAACCCCUUCUACAACAACAACGUCAACAGAGACACCUACAACCACUUCCACUACUACAACUACUACUACAACAACAACAACAUCUACAGAGACAGGAACAACACCUUCUGCAACUCCUACAACACCAAUGUCAACAGAGACACCUACAACCACUUCCACUACUACAACUACUACUACAACAACAACAACAUCUACAGAGACAGGAACAACACCUUCUGCAACUCCUACAACACCAAUGUCAACAGAGACACCUACAACCACUUCCACUACUACAACUACUACUACAACAACAACAACAUCUACAGAGACAGGAACAACACCUUCUGCAACUCCUACAACACCAAUGUCAACAGAGACACCUACAACCACUUCCACUACUACAACUACAACAUCCACAAAGACAGGAACACUACCUACAACUCCUACAAUAUCAACAUCAACAGAGACUCCUGCAACCACUUCCAUUACUACAACAACUACUGUUACAACAACAUCUACCGAGACAGAAACAAUACCUUCUGCAACUCCUACAACACCAACUUCAACAGAGACACCUACAACCACUUCCACUACUACAACAACUACUUUAAUAACUACAUCUACACAAAUAACAUAUUCUGUAACUGUUUUAACUAAACCUACGGUGUCAGAGACAUCAACCACAAUCUCCACUGCAUGGACUACAGUACCAUCAACAUCAUCUACUAUUAUUUCUUCAACCAAGUUCACUGUGCACACAGAGCCACCACCCAACUCCACAUCACCUGGACCUCAGAUAGUAAACAGUACAUCUACACCUACAACCAGCAGUAAUCCUACCCCAUGUUCCCAAAAGUGUAAGCCAACAGAUGCAAUCAUACCUGACUGUGUCAAUGGACAUUCACCUGAGAAAGUCUAUUAUAACAACGGGUGCUGUUCCAAGUAUGAGUGUCCUUGUAGAUGCACCAGCUGGGGGGACCCUCAUUACCAAACCUUUGAUGGAAAAUAUUACACUUUCCAGGGAAAUUGCACUUAUGUUUUGUUCCAAGAAAUCAUUCCAAGAUACAAUAUCAGUGUCCAUGCUAAAAACUAUUAUUGUGAUGAAAAAAAAAAUUUAGCCUGCCCUGAGUAUGUGAUUGUGAACUACAAAUCUUAUAAAAUCAAGCUAACAAGCAACACUAAAGUGGUCCAGGUUUAUGUUAACGAUGUUGUGAUGAAGCCAACAAUCCAACUGGGAAAUAUAAUCAUCACCACUACUGCCAUUACAGUGCUUGUGAAUGUAUCUGAUAUUAAAGCUGAGAUUUUAGUCAGUAAUCAAGGUGUUUCUGUCAAACUCCCAUUCUCUUACUUCCAUGGUAAUACUGAGGGACAAUGUGGGUAUUGUGACAAUAGCACAGCAAAUGACUGCAGACUCCCUAACGGAACAAUUGACAAAUCUUGUGAGCACAUGGCACAGUUUUGGAUGGUACCUCCAGGAUGCAAUCCUCCUCCUAAUGUACCUCCAAGUCAGCCAAGUUGUACAAUAGAAAUGUACAAUGCCUGUGAACUCAUCAAGGACAAAUUAUUUGAAACAUGCCAUAAGGUCAUUCCAUAUGGAAACUAUUAUGAUGCAUGCAAAUAUGAUGUGUGCAGCCUUAAAAAUAAAUCUGUUGCGUGUAUCAGCCUGGAGACCUAUGCACAGCAAUGUGGCCUAGAGUCUGUCUGUGUGGACUGGAAAAAUUCAGCUGACCUUAAAGGGUUAUGUGAAUACAAGUGCCCAAGUCACAAAGUCUACAAGGCAUGUGGGCCUAAAAUAGAAAAAACCUGCAGUACAAGAUACAAUGAUGAGUUUGUGGAGAACAAUUGCCAAGGCACAAAAUGUCAAAAAACAUUCAUGGAAGGUUGUUUCUGUCCUGACAACACAUAUCUAGUUAGUUCAACGAUAGAUAAAUGUACAACUAACUGCGAUUGCAUUGGCCCUGAUGGAUUACCUAGAUUGCCUGGGCAAACAUGGACCUUUAACUGUACCAAAUACCACUGCUCCAAUGAGAGCUUUGGUAUUGUGAAAGAGCCUAUUAUGUGUCCUACCAUAAAACCAUGUGGCCAUGAAUACAAAACAACAAAUGAAAGCUGCUGUCCAAUCUGUGUGUGUGAUCUCCAGCUGUGUUUUCAAAAGAAAUGUGAUGUGGGAUUUGAAUUAGCAGCAACUAUGACCAAUAAUAGUUGCUGUCCACCCUGUGUGCGCAAAGAAGUCUGUGUGUACAAUAACACUGAAUACAAGCCUGGAGUUCAAAUCCCUGUGGAUCCUUGUGAGGAAUGUUACUGUGAAAUGAAUAGAACGACUCAACUGCAUGAUGUGAAAUGUGGUACUAAAGUCUUUCCAUCUUGCCCUCCGGGGUUUGAAUAUCUGAAACAAAAAGGAGAGCACUGUGGAUCAUGUAAACAAAGAGUCUGUAUUUAUGAUGCGCCAGACAACACCAGACAUUUUCUCAAGGACCAAGAGGGUUACAAGUUCAGAUGUACGACUGCUACCUGCCGUGAAGUGAAUGGCACAUUUGUGAUGAUGGAGAGCAUUAAAAAAUGCCCUGAAUUUAAUCCAGAAGACUGUGAGCCUGGAACAUUACAAUUUGACUCAGAUGGAUGUUGCCAGAUCUGUAAGUCCAGGAACUGUGUUCUUGAGAAGAACGUCACCCGUCUGCGUGUUGAUGAUUGCACUUCCAUCGAGGAUGUAGAAGUUACAUCCUGCACUGGCCACUGUGACACCAAAUCAAUGUAUUCAAUGAACACAAAGGCUAUGAUACACAGCUGUGCCUGUUGCAAGGAGGAGAACGUCGACCAUCAAAAUGUGACGCUGAAGUGUGCUGACAACAGUGAGAUUGUUCUUGACUACGUGCACAUAAAGAGCUGCAAAUGCACUUCUACUGAGUGUGUAGACCAGAAGACCUCUGGCUAAAAGAUUAAAAUAAAAGACUUCUGCUGAUUUAAACAUAAUUCAAUGUCAUAUGAAAAAAACAUUUAAAAAAAUAUAACCAAAAUGAUUUAAGCUGAUUUCUGUAGUUUAUUAAUAGCUAAAAUUACUUAAGCAAAUAUUGCACCAUUUAUUUUUUCUUUGUGGUUUAAUCUAUGGAUAUGGUUAACUCUGAGCAUAAUCUGUUUAGUUUUCUCUCAAAGGGGAUUCUGGUCAUUUCUUUCAUU